AUGCGCAGCUCUCGGGUGAAAUCGUUUUGUCACAUUUUGCCCACGUAUCUGGGCUUCCGGGGCCCUCCUCUGACUGGCCCUGCGUCUGGGCCUUGUCAGCCAGAUGGGGAACCCAGCUCAGUGUGUGUGCAUGCGUGUGACCCGGUGGUUUCUGAGCUUCCUGUUGAAAAGCCCUCGCAACGCGGAAGUUUGGGUGAGAUCGGAGCACACAGAGCCCCGAGGCAUCUUGACAGGGCCAGGAUGAGCCGGAGGUCCAAGCCAGCAGCCCGGACGCAGCAGGAGAACGUGCCCUCCUCCCUCCUUGAGGACCAUGAGAACCAGCAGGUCUUUGAACUGUUGGGCAGAAAGUGCACGGUAAUUCUGUUGUCAUUUCACAGGGGCGGAAGGGCCUUGGAAGCAUAAGCCAGAACUUCCCGAGAGUCGAGGGGAGGGAGGAGGCUGCCACAAGGACGGCAGGUGGUUGUGGGCUGGGAUUUAACGGCCACAUUGGGGGGGGGGGGAUUCAAGUGGUACAAUGCAGAGGACCCCUGGGUUUGGUUCGGAGCAGGCGGCCUGGGGCCAGUCCCUCUCAGCUUGACUUCCCUUUCUGCACUGGCUUGAGGAUAAAUGAGAAAAUGCUAGAAAAUGAUGACAAACAGUAAGAGAGUAGUCAGGAAGUGGGGGGUGGGGUAGGGGAGGGGUAGUACCUCUGGGGGGGGGGAGACCCCAUCAUCCCACAAAUGCCCACUUCAGAGUUUCAGUCUCUGGAACCAGUUCUGUUACAGGUGCCAUGUAAUACUCAUUCCAUAUUUGUAAGAAAUCAAUAUUUUAGUGUGGCAGCACCUACACUUCGGAACUUCCUGCCUCUUGAUGCAGACUUAAAUUGGUAACUGACUAGCAUUGUUUUGGAAAUAAGAAGAUGCCCCGGUCGGGGUGGUUUGAAACCAGCAGAUGGCAAUGCUCUAGGCUUGGGAAGCUCAACGAAAACCUGAUUUCUCACGGCAUCUUGAAUCUCUCUCACCUUCCGUGUAGAAGAGACUGGAGGUAUUGCUAUGAAGCAAUCGCUUGAUUUGUAAAGUGAGAAUGCUGCAGGUCGUAGUUUGUAGGCUGCCUUGUCUGCAGGAAAUGGGGGAAGAAAACCACUUCCUCAAGAGGCCCAGUGUGGUGGUUUGGGCAGUGAUGACAUCCAGACAGCCCCAUCGUGCAGUCAAACCCGCCUUCAGAAUAGACCCUUUCACCUGGUUCAAAAAUACUGGACCAAAAUAUGAAGGGGAAUAUCCUUAUCCACAAACAGAUAUGUGGCCUGUUCUGUACUGAGUUGAACAGGAUCCAAAAGGCAGCAGUCUGAUUGGUCCUAGAACAAUAGGAUUCAGAAUGCAGCAGUCUGAUUGGUCCACAGGAGCCACCCAAUCCAGCUCCAGGUGGAAGUGAAUCCGCGACCUGAUUGGCUUACAAGAGAAUCCCGGAAUUAGCCAAUCACGUGAAGCCCAUUGUGUAAAUAAUGUAUAUAAAGCAGACACUCUGGGGGAACUUCCAUUCGUCCUCACCAUUAUAAGCUGAAUGAAGAGCAUGAAAUCCACUCUUGACUCCGAGUAUAUUUCAUGGCCUGUAGUGACAAGAUAAAAAUCACUUAAUUUGAGAUAUGCAUCAUACAACAAGCUCCUCCUAGCCACUCCAAGCUGGGCGGGGGGGAGAGGUGUGAUUUUUGCUCCUCCUUUGGCCUGCACCCUUGGCAGGGAACAACCUUCAAGGUACGUCCCUGGAUGAGGCUGAUGGGAAGUGGAGUCCCAAGGAAAGUUUCACAGGCCUGGGCGUGGGCAGGUGGGGGCAGCUGUCUCCCCCUGAAUCCUAAAAAAAUAUUUGAAAAGCAUUAAAAAUAUUCAAUUCACUGAGGUCCUGCCCUGCCCCCCACAAGCCUGCCCCCUAGUAACAUCCUCUUUUUGGGGGGGAUUUCUACUCAUGAUCUCACAAAAAAAAGCUCAACAAUGUUUGCCUCCCCCCCCAAAAAAUCCUGGCUCUGCCUCUGUUCACAGGCCCCCAUUUCAUGGCUCCUCCGUGGUUUGAAUCCAGUUGAGACCUGCCCUUAUAUUGAAACAGGGGUCCUGGCCUCCUUGAUUCCAAAAUAUAAUACUUCCACAAAACACGACUUGGAUCCUGGGAGAAGUUAAUUUUAAUAAGUUCCUGGAAUGACAGUUUGUUGUCUCCUUCUCCCAGUCCUUCUCAAAGCCCUGUAACUGCACCGCUCACAGUGCCCUAAAUCUGCUCCUGAUUUUACCCCCUGGUCUAUGGUUCUCCAUCUUUGGGUUAGGGAUUUGGUGUGGUUUGUAGGAAAUUGCAGGAGGCGUGAGACUCUUACAGUGCCUGGGCAUGGCAUCCUUGGCACAGGUAGAUCAUUAACAUGCGUUUGCUCUUUCCCGCUAGACCAUGGUCACAACUGUGGCCCAACUCCUCCUGGCCUUGCCUCAAGGCAGCAGAAGCUGGUCCAAGCAAGGCUGCGGGGUCCUGUGCUUCGUGAAGGAUAACCCCAGACGUUCCUAUUUCAUGCGCUUCUAUGAUUUGAAGGUACCAAUUCCCUGGCUCCAUUGUGACCUUGCCCUUCAUCCUAUCACCCUUCCAGGUGUGAGCACCUGGAGCUCAUUCAUGAGAAUAAAAUGAUGUCAAGUCCACAGAGCCUCUCCUCUUCCUGGAGGGGAGGUGUUGUGAGCGGGAACCGCUGCCCGCAUUCGCAGGGGGCGUAACCAAGCCCCCUGUGUCACUGAGUCCUGUGCCCGCAUCAUGCCCACCAGCCAGCCAAUAUGGCUGGGUGGGGGCAUGGUUUAGCCGUAUUUGAAUGACUGCGGGCACACGGACUCUCCCUUCUUGUUCCUGGCUUCCUAGGUUUUUGCUUCAUUUCUUGACCUUGCUAUGGACUUUGGUUGGUCGCCUUGGUUGUCCAAGGGGUCUGGUAGGAUAGAUAGAUAGAUAGAUAGAUUGAUAGAUAGAUAGAUAGAUAGAUGAUAGAUAAACUUUAUUUGCAUUAGCCAACGGCCAUAGCAACAUAAAACAAGCAACAUAUACAAUUAAAAAGACAACAAUGGGUAAAAACGGCAAUCAGAUGACCAAGAUUAUCGUUCAGAUAGUGGCCCUUAAUCUCAUUGCACCCUCGAUAAACCUAGCAACCUUUGCUGUUGUCUGAUCGUUUUGAUCUGAUAAAAGAAAGAACAAUGUGGCCUCAGAUGGGCGGCCUGGGAUGGUAAGUAAAAGUGGGGUGAUGAUCUUAUUCCUCAGAUCUUUAUAAAGGGGACAGGACAGGAGAACAUGAGCAACUGUUUCCAGAUUGCCAUCUCCGCAGGGGCAGAGUUGUUUCUCAGUUGGAAUCUUUUGGUAUCUGCCCUCAAGUAUGGCAGAGGGAAUCACAUCCAAUCUGGCCAGUGUGAAGGCACGUCUGUAUUUUGGGAAGGAAUUUUUUUCCUCUUGGGAGAUUGGCACCAACCACUUAGUUCUUCGCCUACCUCGUAGCAAAUCGUCACAACUUCGUUAGGCAUUGGAAAAUGUGUUGUGUGUCGGAGGGGAGGUUGUGGCCAUCACUUACCCUUGAAGGGUAUUCUGUUAAAGGAAUCUGGCGAUCAUGGUUCCUGUCCGAUGCCCAGGUGGUGGCUAGGGCCAUGGCACGACCCUCUAGUCAACAAGCUCCCCCUACAGGUUGUUAACCCUUGUGUGACUCCUUGCAGAAUGGGCAGGAGUCAAGUAUAGCCUGUUUGAUCCAAUGCUUAAGCCAAUACCACUCACAUCCUGUAACCAAUAAAGUUAUGGCCUUUUCUAACCCAUUAACCUAAAAUACUUGUGUCCAUGUGUCUUAAUUUAUCUCCAAGCGGGGGCAGGGCCUAACCUCACAACAAAUGCUAGUGAGGAGAGAAGGUUUAGCCACAAGCCCAGGUCUGAAUGGCACGGGCACAAGAGGGAAAGAAGACCAGGGGACACAUUUGAUUCAGUUUUUAUUUAAAGGUCAACCUACUGUACCUAAUUCACAGCUUCUGGAACAAGAUUCCAAACAAACUAUAGCUAGCCUUCCAAAUUCACACUUAUUUGAAUUUGUCAACGCAGUUCUCCAGCCCGGUAAUGUAUACAAAAAUGCACAUACUGGGGUCAAGGAGGCAUAAAAAUGCAUAUAUUGGUGGAAAUAAUGUACAGAAAUGCAUCAUAUUAAGGGGAAUUGCUUUCUCUGUUCCUUCUCUGCUCCUUUGUUUCAGGAUAGGAAGAUGACCUGGGAGCAGGAAUUGUGCAGCCAGCUGGUCUACUUGACUCCCACCUCUUAUUUCCACACCUUUUCAGGAGAUGUGAGUAUUGACUCAUAGAAUUGUAGCAUUGGAAGGGACCCUGAGGGUCAUCCAAUCCAACCCCCUGCAAUGCAGGAAUCUCAACUAGAUCAUAUAUGACAGGUGACCAUCCAAUCUCCAAGAAAGGAGAGACCACCAUCUUCUGGUGUGAGUCUGUUCCACCAUCCAACAGCUUUUACUGUCAGAAAGUUCUUCCUGAUAUUUAGUCAGAGUCUCCUUUAUUGUAAUUUGAUGCCAUUGACUCAGGUCCUAACCUCCAGAGCAGGAGAAAGCAAGCCUCUUCCAUGUGAGAGCUCUUUAGAUUGUUGAAAAUGUGGGUAUGUGAAUAUGUGCAUAUAUGUGUAGGCAGUGCUUUUUUUAUUCAAAAAUGUUUAGGGGUACUCUCAUUUUGACUCAAGAAAACCACCAUUUUAUAGUUCAAAUCAGGGGAAAUAAAUACAGUAAAUGGACAAAAGUACAAAGAUUCACAAAAUGAUUAGGGGUAUGCGUACCCCCAGUAAAAAAGCACUGUGUGUAGGAUUCCUAAAAUGUCCUGUGACUCUGCUGGAGGGAAAGGAGAAGAAGCACAAGCACAUCAGAAAAAAUAAAGCAAGCAUUUUUAGUCACACAUUCUACUGUGUUGUAUGCAAGAAAAGUUAGCAUGUGGAGAUGAAAGCAUUUUCCACUCUGUUGUUAAAGUCACAAUAUAAUUUCAAAUGUACAUCUAUUGUUGUUGUUUUUUAACUAAGCCUUCAAAAUGUAAAAGUUAUUCAAUUAUAUUUGAAUAGAUAAAUAAAUGUAAACUUGGGGAAACUCCAGCUCCCUUUUUCGGAUGUGCAUUGAGCUGUGUGACAGUUUUGUUAAAGGAGCUGGAGUCAUAUAGGGUUGUUCCCAUGGGAACGGCCGUGGUCCCAUACCCCAGAGGUUUUGACUUGGGAUUGCUUUCAGGAGUGCAACGUGGGGCUCAACUUUGCCGAUGAGAAUGAGGCAUACAAUUUUCAACAAAUGGUGGAAGAGAAGAUUCAGAAGAGGAACCAGAGAAUGGGUAGGUGUCAUGCCUCUUUCAAAAUGGCGGGUGUAAGAAAAUAUGUCUGCAGGGUUUGCAACUGAGGGACAAAUCAUAACUUAAAACAAAUGGAUAAAAAGUGGCUGCUUUUUCUGAUGCAAAGCAGUGUGGGGAAGGGCGCUUCUUUGAGCAAAAAAAGUGGUGUCUUAACCCUUUCCCUGCCAGCCAUUUUCCCAUGCUAAAUUGCCACCUCAUCCCCCGUAAAAUUACAUGUAAAACAACAAUAAACAUUCAGAUAAAUGUUUCUGAAUAUGUUAACAAAGUUGUGUCAGUGUGUAUAUACCAAGAGGGAUGCCAACUUUUUAUAGGAUUUGGGAUUUGUUGGCAGGAGCUGCGGGGUCAUGGGCGAAGAAGAGAGAAUGCAUUGAGAGCCAGUGUGGUGUAGUGGUUAAGAGCGGUAGUCUCGUAAUCUGGUGAACCAGGUUCGCUUCCCCACUCCUCCACCUGCAGCUGCUGGAUGACCUUGGGCUAGUCACACUUCUCUGAAGUCUCUCAGCCCCACUCACCUCACAGAGUGUUUGUUGUGCGGGAGGAAGGGAAAGGAGAAUGUUAGCCGCUUUGAGACUCCUUCGGGUAGUGAUAAAGCUGAAUAUCAAAUCCAAACUCUUCUUCAGACUGGUGUACGACUGAGCUAAACAGGUGGGGGACGUGAAUAAGAGACAUGUUGGCACACAGCGUUUAAGCAUUUCGUCCCCUGAACUCUAGUCUAGACAUGGAAUGCAAACUUGUUGCCCCAACCAUGAGGGCUAGGAAUAGAAACUCAAUUAAUUUCUCAAUAAUUCAACAUUUUCACAAAGUACCAAAUUCCACCCAUGUGGAGCUGAAGAGUGAGCAACUCUCUCUCUAUAUAUAUACAGUGGUACCUCAGUUUACAAACUUAAUCUGUUCCGGAAGUUCAUUCUGAAACUGAAACCAUUCUUAAACCGAGGCGCGCUUUCCCUAAUGAGGCCUCCCGCCACCGGUGCCCUUCCACUGUUCAGAUUCUGUUCUUAGACCAAGGUAAAGUUCUCAAACCAGGACACUAUUUCUGGUUUUGCAGAGUUUGUAAGCCAAAUUGUUCUUAAACCGGACUGUUUUUAAACCGAGGUAAAGGUAAAGGGACCCCUGACCAUUAGGUCCAAUUGUGGCCAACUCUGGGGUUGCGGCACUCAUCUCGCUUUACUGGCCGAGGGAGCCGGUGUACAGCUUCCGGGUCAUGUGGCAAGCAUGACUAAGCCGCUUCUGGCGAACCAGAGCAGCGCACAGAAACACCAUUUACCUUCCCGCCGGAGCGGUACCUAUUUAUCUACUUGUACUUUGAUGUGCUUUUGGACUGCUAGGUUGGCAGGAGCAGGGACUGAGCAAUGGGAGCUCACUCCGUUGCGGGGAUUCGAACCGCCGACCUUCUGAUCGGCAAGUCCUAGGCUCUGUGGUUUAACCCACAGCGCCUCCCGCAUCGUACCACUGUGUAUAUAUAUACUGAUAUGAGUGAGUGGUUCCUACAGCACAAUGAACCCCUCUGCUGACCAAGACUCCAUCUAAGAGGGGCCAGAUUCUUCCAGGUACCCCUGAAGCAUGGCAGAAACGCUUGUCUCCUCUUCAUAAAUCUCUUCCUGUUUUAUAGAUAGACAGCUGCCACCUCCACCUCCAGUCAAUGAAGGUAUGUAUCUGUGCAGCCCACAUAUCCCUAUACUCUUUUGUGUCUGGUCAAAGCAGGGGUGUCAGGGAACUGACAUCGGAGCUCGAGGCGGAGGGAAGGCUCUCAAAUGAUGCUGGAGAAGGGCCCAGCAGGGAGAGAGGCAGCUCCGCAGAGGGGGAAGCUAAUCAGCGCAACACCAGGGAAAGAGAGGGGUUGAUGGGGGAAUCGGCGAGAGGGCUCCAAGACUCUUCCCGGACACCAGCGGGGAGAGCACGGGUCCUCCGCUAUCCACGCCCACCCUGCGCAGAACACUUCCGCGCAGAGAGAGUAGGAGGAGACUGGGUGUCAAGCAACUUUUAUGUUGGAAAAGAUUUAAGAAACACCCACUGACGGAUUCUGCUAGCGACUGAGGCAGCCACGAAUUGAAGGGCUGUCCAGACAGAAAGGUUUAACAAGGCAACAUAGCCAGGAGAGGCGGCAACUUACGCACGAGCAACCCCAUACCAUUAUAAGGGGCAAUGGUGUUUUUUCUGCCAAGGAUUACAUUCCUUUCAGAAUAAUCUGUCAGUGGGCGCAUGCCAGCUGUGGGUUGGGUCCAAAACCAGAGCCAGAAGCAGACAUGCCCACCCCUUUCUCAUUCUUUAUCUCUUUCUACCACACACUUUUCUCUCUCUCUAUCAUACCUCCUUUUCUCUCUUCCCCCUAUUUUUCCAUGCCCUGUAGGUUUGCCAGGGGAGGGGUAUAUUGCUCUUACCAGAAGCCUCACUUAACACUUACAGGGAGCUUUUAAAAUAAGACUGGGGGCCACAAGUUACUCACCUGAGCUGAGCUAUUAAGUGCAGGGGGAAAGCCCUUGAUAAUCAUAAUUUGUCAGGAAGGAUUCGAAACCUGCGGGAUCAGAGAUUCUUAGAGGACUGGAGUAAUUAUUUGAAUUAUUUGAAAAGCAAUUGUGAUAGACAGAUUAUGCUAGUAGGACUGCAAGAAGUUCUGUAAGGAGGACUUUGUGAAAUAUUGCAAGGAAGACUUUGAAAAGAAUUAUUAGUUAAGGACAAUUAAAAGUAAUAGAGAAAUUAAGAAAUGCAGAACAAGUGAUAAAGAACGGAAAAUCUUUAGAGGUUGUUGAUGGAAAUCUAAAAUACUGUAUAAGAUAAGAAGUUAUGUUAAAUGAUUGUUGGAACAUAUAUGUUUAAAACAUUAUAGAUAGAUGAUAGAUAGAUAGAUGAUAGAUAGAUAGAUAGAUAGAUAGAUAGAUAGAUAGAUAGAGAUAGAUAAUCAUAAUUUGUCAGUAAACUGUGCUGGUCGAGGGCUCACCCCAGUUGCUUUAGAGUUGCAUUGCCAUAUUUCAAAAAGUGAAAAUCCGGACAGAAAAGCUUUUUAAAGUUUUGCAUCUAGAUAUUUGCAUUUCUGCCUGGACAUGGUUACUGACUGCCAUAUCCCACCUAUGGCAUUCUGGACAUAUAGCAAUCCUGCUUUAGAGCCUGUGGAUAGCAGUGCUGUCUUCAAGAAGUUCUCAGCGGCUCCCACAGGGAAUUCUCCUGGAGCUGCUGAUGGUGAGCUAUCACUAGGGAUGUCAGAGAAAUCCAUUGGAAGCACAAGCGGGAGUGAAAAUUGCCAAAAUCCACAUGCUUGUCUGAGGUGAGGAAAGGAAAUCUUCAAAUGCUGCCUAAAUAAUUACAGUAUUUUCUGCAUUGUUUUGAUGUUUCCUUUUCAUUGAAAUAAUCAGGUAAUUAUAUAAUUCCAUCAGUUUUGUCCAUAGCCGAUAGCAAGGCCAACAAUGUAGACUCUAUCACAAGCUGAACUGCAGCAGAAUAGAAACAGUGUUGAUUGUGACAAACACAGGACAGGGUGGAAAUUGCUGCCUCUUUACAUCCUGAUCACUACUCUUUUUGCAUCUGUUAGACAGAAGACCAGCUCUCCCCCAGCCGCCAUCUUCUGGGAUUGACUCAAAUGGUAAGCAGCUUGCAGAAACUCUGUUUGCGUGCUAUUUGUUCAUUUAUUUAAUGUGUACCCAUAUCCAGAACUACAAGUUUGCAGGUCAGCUAACAAAUGCAGCAUGAAAACAGAGAAUACAGCAAUAAAAUCAGAAACUUUCAGUAAGAGAAGCAUCCAGAAUGAACCACGGCAAAAGAGCUCUCGGUACAAGAGCCAUAACAAAUAAUUUCACUCCUUUUAAAAAAAUUCCAAAAGAUAUACAAGAUCACUAAAAUGAUAUUUUAUAAUAGAGGCAACAUCCUGUGCUGGGCCACUGUGAAGUUUCACUACUCUCUGCAACCAUCAAAUGUCAAGGAAAUAAACAACUAUCUGACUUUUAGAAGACAUCUGAAGGCAGCCCUGUAUCGGGAAUUUUUUUAAUGUCUGAUGUUUUACAAUUUUUUAUAUAUACUGUAAGCUGCCCAGAGUAGCUGGGGAAACCCAGCCGGAUGGGCGGGGUAUAAAUAAUAAAACUAUUAUGGGUAUUAUUAUUAUUAUUAACCAGUUGUAGGGUUGCAGGUGGCAGUAGUGCUUUGGAUUUAAAACUAAAAGGUCACCUAUCAUUGCCAAAGCAGGGCAUCCUUACUGUACCACUGUCCAUGGUGCUGUACCACUUGCUGAAGAGUACAUCUCUCCAUCACAUCCUUGGGCUUAUGGGAGCCCACCCACUAUACUUUUCUAGGUGACCAAGAUAAAAUAAGGUAGAAUUUUCUUCUUUGGCUGCUUAUUCCAGUACCAGGAGCUCCAUAUACUGUCAUUAUGUUGGUCAGGGGAGGAGAGGAGGCUCUUGGUCAGACCCUUUGUAUGCUCCCCUCACCACAGUUUUCUUUAAAGGGGAAGAUGUGUGCUUUUGCACAAGCAAAAUAGGGGCAGCCCACCAUAUCUAUUUGUUUGUUUAAAGUAUAAUAAUAAUAAUAAUAAUAAUAAUAAUAAUAAUAAUAAUAUUUAUACCCCACCCAUCUGGCUGAGUUUCCCUAGCCACUCUGGGUGGCUUACAGCACAUGAAAAACUGUAAAACUUUAGACAUUAAAAAUUUCCCGAUACAGGGUUGCCUUCAGCGUAACCAAGGCAGUUUCAGUCCCAUGGUGAGGCCUGAAUCCCAACUGGAAGAGAUCCAAAUGGUCUGCAUCCUCCAGGCGUGCCUGGAGUUGUUCAGUGACCACCUGCUCAACCACCUUGCCCAAGAAUGGAAGAUUUGAUACUGGGCGACAGUUGGACAUAUUGGCCAGGUCCAAAGAUGGUUUUUUAAGAAGUGGUUUAAUAACCACCUCUUUCAGUGCGUCUGGGAAGGCUCUGCCACAGAGGGAAGCAUUCACCACCCCACAAAGCCCAUCGCCCAGCCCUUCCUGGCUCACUUUUAUGAGCCAGGAUGGGCAAGGAUCAAGGAGACAGGUGGUCAGUUUCACUCAUCCAAGCAGCCUGUCCACAUCCUUGGGGGUAACAGAUUGGAAUUGAUCCCAUGCAACUCGACUAGACAGGACUCUAGCACUCUUCUGCCCCAGCCCUGCUGCCGUAGUGGAGUCUACCUCUUUCCAAAUCUGCACUCAGAUAACUGGGUCUUCCAAAAAGGAUGUCUGGUGCAAACUAAUGACUUCCUAAAAAUCACUGCAACUCCCCCCCCCCAAUAUGACUUGGGUUGCUGUGCUUAAGAGAAACCUGGUGGACAAGCAGAGCCAAGAACAGGCCCAUCUGCUUCAUCCAACCGAGUCUUUGCUACACAUGCCAGGUCAAGUCCUCCAUCCACAAUCAAGUUGUGGAUGACAGAGGUCUUGUGAAUCAUUGACCUGGCAUUGCACAGCAGCACCUUAAGGUCACGUGGGUCUCCCUUGUUGAUUCCAGUAUCCUUCUGUUCAAGACCAAACCCAGAGGCAGAGAUAGUCUUCCAACAACGACUAAGCCUGCCUCCUCGGUAAUGACAUGAUCUGGUCCUAGCGUAACUCCUUCUCUUACCCGUGAUCACUGAGAUCAGGUGUCCCAGUGCCCUUGGAACCUGCCACAGCCAUUCUGUUGACUGGGACCCACUCCCAGGUAGUCCUGGGAUGUGUUAUACAAACUAUAUAAUAAACCAAUAAAACAGUAGAAACUAAUAAUAAAAAAAUUGCAGUUACAGUGGUACCUCUGGAUGCGAACGGGAUCCGUUCCAGAGCCCCGUUCGCAUCCUGAAGCGAACGUAAGACGCAACUGCGCAUCUGCGCGUGCAUGGGUCGCGUUUCACCACUUCCGCGCAUGACGUUAUUUUGAGCGUCUGCGCAUGUGCAAGCGGUGAAACCCAGAAGUAACACGCUCUGUUACUUCCGGGUCGCCGUGGAGCACAACCCAAAAAUAUUUAAGCUGAAGUGUAUUCAUCCCGAGGUAUGACUGUAUACUAAAAUUAAACUAAUCCCCAGACCCAACUAAACAUUUAUCCCACCCCCAACAGAGCAAAAAACAAACAGACCCAACAAGAACCAAAAUUUAAAACGCCAUAGAUUAAAAACAAUUUUAAAACAUUUAACAGCAUUUAAAAGCAAUUUCAAUAGUUGCCCCAACCCCAGACUUUGUUCCCGUGAGUUUGGGCUCCAGCGCUCACAGCAGGGCAAUGUCCCGCGGCCUCCCAGGAGUCUCUUACGCUGAGCAGGGUGAGUCUGGGCCCUGUCCCCUAGGCCAGGUGGAAAGGGUCUUGCAGGGAGCAGUCUUCAGCACUCACAGCAGGGCAAUAUUUAUCCAGAUCUUUAGCUGAAAAAGUUCCCAGUGAUUUAGGUAAAAUAAACAAAUACACACAUACAGUCAAACAAUGCUAGAGAAUAAAGAGAUGAAACAUAGAAAGGAAAACAGUGUCUGAGAUGGCGGGCAACACAGGGAGUCUUAUAGAGGGAGGUCUGAUUGAUAGGUGUUCGCUUCCUCACCCCAUCUUAUGUUCCCCAAAGGACGUGGCAUGCAGCCAAACUCUCCUCCAGCAUCUCUGCCUCUGGCAACUGUUGACAUCCAGAAUCCAGACAUCACAUUUUCCCGCUACCGUGGACUUCCUGUUCCUACUGCAGUGGAGAAAAAGAAGGGGAAGAAAAAGAUUUCAAAGGCUGACAUUGGUGCUCCAAGUGGGUUCAAGUGAGUGCUUGUGGAAGUUAUGCAGACCUCUCAAAGACUGAGAUCUGGGGAAAGUAGGAAAUCUUCAAAUUUCAAACAACAUAACAGGAAGGAUUCCUUGACUUCAGUUUCUUUUUCUGAAGUCUUCAUCUCAGCCUUUCUUUGUUUUGCCCUUGAAACUUUUGUUUCUUUACUAGCAUAUGGAAAUUUUCUAUGAAACACAGCUUGAGAACUACUUCUGUAGCAUAGUGUGUGUAACCCUAACCCACAGCAGAGGACUGCCAUGCUGUGCUUUGCACAUGCGCAGGUGCUGCCUCAUAUGGAAAUAUGGUGGAAACAUAACUAGGAUGCAAGCAAGUCACAAUAUGCUGCAGAUGGAAGGAGGAGGGGGGAAGUCGAAGAGGUCUGGAAGCCGUCAUGUGGACGCAUUGCGAUGCAAGGCCUUCACUCAUUGAAUGUCUUCUGUGAUUCCUUUCCAGGCAUAUCCAGCACAUUGGAUGGGAUCCCAACAGUGGAUUUGACGUACGUAGCCAUGGUGAUUCAUCAAUAGACUUGAAAGAGAGAGUCUCAGUGGGGGGAAAUUAUCCUGAGGUCUCACAUGCGUAUGAGAUGAGACUUUGGAGUUACUGAAGUCCAGCAAACUCUGUGUUUAUACAUAGAAUCAUAGAAUUGUAGCGUUGGAAGGGACCCUGCAAUGCAUGACGUGCUUAUUCACAUCAUACCUGAGUGAAAACAUUAGGCCCUUUCUCUCAAGGGUUGCUUGUAUAUUCCAAUUAUAAGGUGUUGUCAGAGCUAGUUGCUGUGCCAAAAAGUUUAGACUGGAGCCAAGAGGAAGCAAUUCUGUUCUUUAGGAAGAGCAGGUGGUCUCCUAGUUACUCUUUUCAUUCAACAGCUUUGAUUCAGAAGCUUCUGUAGGGAUAUCACCUGGCUGGCCUGUUCUCGCCUCUCAGCUGGUAUGGCUAGUCUUCUUCCUGCAUUUGGCUGGAGUUGGGUGAUAAGGCACAGCCUAAACAGCUACAGGAAGGAUGGGGGGCCCUCCAGUUGUUGCUGGACUCUAACUCCCUUCAGCCCUAGCCCACAGGGCCAGUGGUCAGAAGUACAGUGGUACCUCGAGUUACAAACUCCUCAGAUUACAAAUGCUUCAGGUUACAAACUCCACUAAUCUGGAAGAGUUACCUCGAGUUGAGAACUUUGCCCCAGGAUGAGAACGGAAAUUGUGUGCCGCUGGCGCAGCGACAGCAAGAGGCCCCAUUAGUGAAAGCAUGCCUCUAGUUAAGAACAGUUUCAGGUUAAGAAUGGACUUCUGGAACGAAUUAAGUUCAUAACUAGAGGUACCACUGUAAUGCUUAAAGAUAGUUGAAGUUUUAAGAUGGAUUCGACUAUGAAGAAGGUUUAAGGUGAUGGUAGGUUAGGCAGAGGUUAGCACUUUAUAAUCCUUUUAACCGCACCAGCUACCUCAUUCUAUGCUGGAAGCCAGGUCCUAUCAGUUGUAACCCGAUGACCAUCGUGACUUGAGCAUUGGCUCAAGAAGAUGGGCACUGAGCAGACAUGGCAACACAUUCUCUCCCUCCCUCUCUCUCUCUCUCUCUCUCUCUCUCUCUCUCUCACACACACACACACACAUUUGUCUAUGUUUUUAUUUCAGGUGAAUAAUUUAGAUCCCGAUUUGAAGACAUUCUUCUCCCAGGCGGGAAUCAGUGAGGCUCAACUGACCGAUGUUGAGACUUCAAAGAUUAUCUAUGACUUCAUUGAAGGCCAAGGGGGGCUGGAGGCUGUGAAGGAAGAGCUGAGAAGACAGGGUGAGCUGCUGGAAUGGGAGGGUCUCCGACCUCAGGUAUCAUUGGCCGCCCCUCUGAGACUGGACCAGUGGACUGGACUGGACCAGAUCCUGGUCUCUAACUAAUACAACACCGACUAUUAGAAGGCCUAUCCAUGCUGAACGUUUUGUUUGAGCUUGGAUGUACUGAUCUGAGUAAUAAUUUCUGGAGCGGUGGCCAUGUUAGUCUGUUGCAGUAAGAACAACAAAGAUCCUUGUGUCACCUCAAACGGUUACCGAUUUAUGACAGCUUAAAUGUUUGUGGAUUAGUAGCGGGUGGCGCUGUGGGUUAAACCACAGAGCCUAGGGCUUGCCGAUCAGAAGGUCGGCGGUUCGAAUCCCCGCGAUGGGGUGAGCUCCCAUUGCUCGGUCCCAGCUCCUGCCAACCUAGCAGUUUGAAAGCACGUCAAAGUGCAAGUAGAUAAAUAGGUACCACUCCAGCGGGAAGGUAAACGGCGUUUCCAUACGCUGCUCUGGUUCGCCAGAUGCGGCUUAGUCAUGCUGGCCAAAUGACCUGGAAGCUGUACGCUGGCUCCCUCAGCCAGUAAAGCGAGAUGAGCGCCGCAACCCCAGAAUCAUCCGCGACUGGACCUAACAGUCAGGGGUCCCUUUACCUUUACCUUUUAGAGUCCACUUAUGAGAUGCAUGGAUUGUAGUCCACAAUUGGCAUUGGCAUGCAGGGGUGUGUCUAUGCAUAUACAUUUAUCUUUCACCAUUGAGUGGUGGAAUUUUGGGCUGUGUGUUCAUCGGUAUGCUGAUGACCUUCACAUCUAUCUCUCCUUUUCAUCUUCAGCAGGUGGGGUGGUGCAUGUUCUGAAUCAUAGCCUGGGUGCAAUUAUGGGCUGAAUGAAGGCCAAUAAAGGGAAACUCAAUCCAGACAAGAUGGAGCUAUUGUUAGUGGGCGGCUCUUCUGACUGAAUGACUGCAUGUUCUUGAUGGGGCUGCAGUCUCUCUGAAGGAAGAAGUCUGUAGUUUUGUGAUUCUCCUGGAUCUUUUUCUGUCAUGUGAGGGCCACAGUCGCAUGGAGUGCUUUCUACCAGUAUAUCACUAUUUGCCAGGGGUAACCUAGCUUCCGUAGGCUAUGCUCUACUAGAGCUAUGCUCUGGUAACCUCCCAGCAACUGGUAUUCAGAGAGAGAGAAUAAUCCUUAUUGUUCUUACUGAUCUAAUUGUGAUCAGCACAAUAAGCCAUCUAUCAAAGUAUUUUUGCUCGUUCUAGAAUACAUGGAUAGUUCUCUACUAAAGCUGCCCACUGGGAUUUUAGUGUUGAUAUUUGUCUCAUUUCAGGUCCAAGUCACCCUCCACCCCCACCCCCAAAUCGUUCUGGCCCUGGACAUAGCCGAAGUAGUCCUCUACCACCCAUCCCGCCUGUAUCAAACAGGGGAGCUGUCCCUUCGCCUCCACAGCCCUCUCGAGGACAGCCCAGCCCUCAGUGGGGACCUCCUCCACCAGUCUCUCGGCCGGGAGCAGCUCGUCCCCCACCACCCCCAGCUGGGUCAGCCCCACCGCCACCCCCACCGCCACCACCCCCGCCACCCCCUCCUGCAUUCCCAAGUUCUUCCCCAUGUCCCCCUCCUCCUCUUCCCUCUGGAGGGCUUAGCUCACCUGCUGUUGCCUCCACCGGACGUGGUGCAUUACUGGAUCAGAUACGCCAAGGAAUACAACUCAAUAAGGUAAGACACGGUGGAGAGCAUCAAAGGGUGGUUCGUGCUUAGUGUGUUAAGUAUGAUUUCUCAUAUAUGAUUUCCCUGGUUGGAUUGGCUAGAGCAGGCAUGUCCAACAGGUAGCUCAUGAUCCACUGGUAGAUCACUGGACGUCUGUGGUAGAUCACCAGUAGAUCCCAGUAGAAGCUCAACAACUUUGACCUGAACCCCCCAAAACAGGACUUUCCUUCCCAAAAAAAACCUCAACAUCUUUGCCCUGCACCCCCAAAAUGGAGGUAGAUCACUGCCAGUUUUUAACUCUGUGAGUAGAUCACAGUCUCUUAGGAGUUGGCCACCCCUGGGCUAGAGAAUUACUUAAGAACCAGAUGUGGCAGGAGGAUAGCAAAGUUAUGGCAAUGUGUGAUAAUGGAGGAAAGAAAUAUGAUGUCAGACUUAACUGUUCUCAUUACAUUAAGGCCUAGUUCUCCAGUUCUCUGCCACUUCAGACUGCAGGUGGGGAAUCACAUGAUGGAAUACUCCCCAAUUGGGAGGGGGGGGACAUCUAUAUAUUAGAGAGGGUUCCAACUUGUUGGUACAUAUGUACACAUGUGGUGGGAAUGUCUUUGUGCAUCAACAUUCUGGGUGGGGUGAUGUUUAAGGAAAUUAACUCCAACAGUGGGCUCAACCUGCCUUGCAGUUAUCACUGUUAAACCUAUAUAUAGGUUUAGAUUUAGAAUUGAAACACAAAGGAUUGCUGGGUCAUUUGCUGGAAGCAGCAAGGACCAUCAUAGCUUGCAACUAGGGAUUUUCAUGGAGUGAUAUUUGACCUGUGGUAUUAGAGAGUAUGAAGACAGGAGUGCCUGGCGUGCUCUGGUCCAUGGGGUCAAGAAGAGUCAGACACGACUAAACGACUAAACAACAACAACAACAAUUAGAGAGUAUAGCAGACGGCUGCUUUAGAAAAAAUUAGAAGUUUAGAAAAAAAACUUUAGAAAAGUUUAGGGUUGCCCCUGGCCAGAAAUAGAAGGGCCCUUUUGAAACAAUUAACUUUGCUAGUCUAGUAGAACACGGUUGCCAACUGCCAUCAUCAAAUGUUUCCUUUUGGACAUUAUAUUUUUUGCUACUUUUUGAUAUUUUUAUGCACCUAAAAGGAGGGAAAAGAGAAAUGGACUAAUAUAUGUAUUUUUAAGAAGUGCUGCUGUGCUAAAUUCUGAGACAAUGUGUUUUCAUUUUGCUAGGCACCUAUUUUUCACUUACUGACAAUUUGCCUUAAUUGUCUCUAUGCUUAUGUACACAUAUAUGUAAUAUUGUGAUGGCAUUAUACUCUCUCUCUCUCUUUGCUUUUGUUUUUGCUUUGCUUUACCCUUUUAAACAUCUCAAUAGAAAAUUUAAGGCAAAUAAAACUAAAAAUAAAUAUUUCCUACUAGUGUGACAGGGAGAAAACUAGGCCAGAACCCUUCUCUCUAUUACUUAGAAUUUUAUGUGGAAGGAAGUGUUAUCUCUGGAAGAACAUUCAGUGGUAUAAGCCCCCCUGUAAUUUAAAGUGGUAUAGCCCGGACAUGGUCAAUUGCGUUUGUGCAAACUAGUCUUAAAUAUUUGCCUGCUACCACUGUCCACUGGAUUGUGACAGUUGUAUCUGUUUUGAGGAAGAGCAGCCUGAACAAAGACAGCUUUGUGUGGUUGAAAGGUUCGUGUGGGUUCUAAGGGCCGUCAACAUUCGAAGCCCUAAUGACACCACCUGCAAUCCUUUUACCUUUUAGACCCCUGAUGUGCUGGAACCGCCAUCACCUGCACAGAGCUCUGAAGGCCUGGUAGGAGCUCUAAUGCAUGUGAUGCAGAAGAGGAGCAAGGUCAUUCAUUCCUCAGGUGAAUUUUGUUGCAUCUGAUACAUCUCAUCCUUUGAACUGCGUGCUUACAAACAAAAACUUAACAAACUGUCUAAAGUUUUGUGCUUGACUGGAAAGGACAAAGCUAAGAUCUGAGACAGAGCCAGUGGCAUUUUGCAAGGGGUGAAAUCUUGAUUCCUGCACUGGUAUUGUAUCUAGUAUUAAACAGGUACAGUGGUACCUUUGGUUGUGAACGGGAUCCGUUCGCAACAUGAGCAGAAUGCAACCCGCGUCUGCGCGUGCCGCAAUUCGCCGCUUCUGCGCAUGUGCGUGAUGUCAUUUUGAGCAUCCGCGCAUGCGGCGAAACCCGGAAGUAACCCUUUCUGGUACUUCCGGGUCGCCGCGGGACACAACCUGAAAACGCUCAACCUGAAGUGAAUGCAACAUGAGGUAUGACUGUAAAUGCAAAGGGUUCUGUCCAAUGCCACUGUUACUCAGAGGAGAACCAUUGAAAUCAAUAGAGAUUGCUAACUUUAGUCCACUCAUUUAUUAUUUUUAAAAAUGGGUCUACUCUGAGUAGGACUAGCACUGAAUACAACUCCAAGGGAGAAGGGUAGGCUGGAAUAACUUGUAAGUAUGGGGAGGUGGUUUGGGUGAAUGAAUGCGAUGACCAUUCAUUCCUGUAUGGAAAAAGAGGUGCAGGUGCACUUUAGAAGUGCUAUUCGGGAAAGCCUCCUCUCACAUUGUUGCUUUGUUCUAUUGUACCCACAGAUGACGAUGAAGACAAUGGUGAUGAUGAAGAGGAUGACGAGUGGGAUGACUGAGUCCAGAAGGACGCAAAGCCUGAUCCUUCUGACAAUCUGUUGCUGUCUGAAUUGCUGUGGGCAUUUAAUCAGACUGCUACUCUGUUAUGGUCCCCCUCACAAUCUGUGCAGAAAUCCAGUAGGUGCAAGGGCAGCUCUGCUUUAGUCCCUGCAGUGACAGGUCAUUAUUUUCCCAUUCCUCCUCUCCAGCAUCACUUAGGCUAAAGAAUAAUUCCCAUUCUGUGCACCUGCAAGCCUUUGACAGUCUUAGAAAGUUCGGCUGUAAUCCUCCCUCUUUCAAACCCUUGGUCUUGACAAUACCACUUCUAAUCUCCUCUAACUUUCUAAGAGCCAUAUUAUCUUUCAUCCAGCCCCUUCAUCCUCCUUUCUUUCUCCUCGAUGUAUAAUCUUGUGUGUCUUUAAGAAGUGGUUCCCCCUUUGAGGCCAAUGUGCAGGUAUGUACAUUACAGGAAUGUAAGCAAAACCUCUGUCUUAUAAAAUAACCAGUGUAUUGUUAACACACAUAAAAAUCCUAGUUGACUGAAUUAUUUGCACGCCUUUCGGAGGAAUGUUUUCCCUUGCUUUAGUUUUACCUUUGGGUAGGGGUGGCCGGGAUGCAGUCUCCAAACUUUAAGACAGGUAUACUGUACCUAUUUACUUUCAAAUUUUGUUGUUUUGAUUGCAGUGUGAUAGAGGGACGCAAAUCCAGAUUUGACUUCAAUGAAUCCUUAUUCUUUUAUUUACGGUAUUAUAGGUAUAUACUGGAAACUAAAGUAUUUUCAGUGGCUUGGAUCCUAAUUUGCUCUUCUCUCCGCACAAGGGGGGGGGCGUGAUUUCUGCCAAAUGGUCUGCAACGCCCCACAUCAUAUUUUACACCAUUCCCAGUGGUCCCCCACUGGACGCAGAAG